CUCCUCUUCUCCAGCCAUCGACGAAACUUGAAAGGUGACUCCUCAGUUUUGCUCCGCCGGAUUUUGUGCCUCCACACGGAGCGAUGCUGCGAGGCGAAGCGGCAGAAGUCGGCAUGUGAAGCUUUCUGCGGCUGAAUCUCGACACGUUAGCGGGAAGAUGAGCUCCAGUUCGUAGGCAGCGGUACGUCACUCCGGCUCCUCCGUUCUCCUGCGUCUCCUCCUGAACUGUGCCUGUCGAUUCAAACAUGGCUCGUGGUUGCAUCUGCUGCGUUAAAUACAUGCUCUUCCUCUUCAACCUGCUCUUCUGGCUGGGUGGGUGUGGACUGUUGGGGGUCGGCGUGUGGCUGUCGGUGUCUCAGGGCAGCUUCGCCACCCUGUCGCCCUCCUUCCCGUCGCUCUCCGCCGCCAAUGUCAUCAUCACCCUCGGCACGGUCGUCAUGGUGACGGGUUUUCUGGGUUGCCUGGGUGCCAUCAAGGAGAACAAGUGCCUGCUGCUGAGUUUUUUCAUCGUUCUGUUGGUCAUCCUCUUGGCUGAACUUAUCCUCCUCAUCCUGUUCUUCGUCUACACUGACAAGGUGAGCGAAAAUGCCAAACGGGACCUGAAAGAAGGGCUGGUGCUGUAUAACACAGAUAACAACGCCGGCCUGAGGGAUGCAUGGAACACCAUACAGGGAGAGUGGCGAUGUUGUGGCGUGAUGAACCACAAUGACUGGUACACUGCCCUGCAUGACAAUGUGGUUCCUGACCGCUGCUGCCAGCAGUUUUACCAGGGCUGUGGACGCAACGCCUCCAAUGCCUUCUGGACACGGGGUUGCUAUGAGAAGGUGGAGGAGUGGCUGGAUGACAACAAACACCUUCUGGGAACCAUCGCCAUGUGUGUGUUGGUCAUACAGCUCCUUGGUAUGGCUUUCUCUAUGACACUUUACCAACAGAUCCACCGAGCAGGGAAGAAGUAUGAAGCCUGAUGGGAUUGACUCGGCCAUACUGUUAAUUUUGGGGACAAACAUAUCACCUUGUGUCCAAUCCCAUAGCGGCAUGUCUGUUACUCUCACCUGUUGUUUAUAGUAAAAAUAAGCCAGUUAUUGUGUGCCACUACAGCCUUUUAUCUCACAUUCCUUCAUCUAUCCACCCAUUUAUUGUUGUGAAUAGCAUCUUUCUUACAUUUUGCUUUUGAAAACCACACUAUAAUGCGUGUUUUCAUGUAAAAUAUUUGUGAUGAGGAUAGGUCUGUGACAGAACUGAGAUAAAAAAAGACUGAGGAGAACAGGGUUUUUGUCUUGGUUGUUUAAAGUCAUGCCUGUGGAAAAAUACAAGUGGAUCUAUUCAGAUACGGUAAAACAAGCCUUGUGUACUAACACGUUCAAUAAAAGCACUCUUCACAAGUGUUUGAAUGUUUUCUUU